CAGCAAGGUUGAACCUUUCUGCAAAAAGGCUUUUAUGAUUCCAAAAAGGAAAUCUUCCUCCGCUUGUCCAUAUUAAGAGUAUGCCAGUAAGGUUGAACCUUUCUGUAAAAAAGGGAUUUAAAUCUUAAAGGGUUUUAUUCUGUUUUUCAUCUGUCAGGAGCUGCCCAGAGUGGCUGGGGAAGCCCAGCCUGAUGGUCGGGGUAUAGAUAAUAUACUUGAAUAUUACCAUUAUUAUUAUUAUUAUUAAUUUCAGUAGUGGAAUGGUCCAAAUAGCCUGGGAACCACAAGAAUCGAGGCGAUUCAACCUGGAAAGACUGCACCAAACCUGCCCUGCUUUCUUUCUAUUUCUCCAACAAAAAAUAAAAAAUCCUUCUAUCUUGUGUUCCUUUAAAGAAGAGGGUUUCUGGCCCUCUCAUUGGCCGGAGUUGAGUGAGAUCCCUCCUGAUUGGCUGACAGAGGGAAAGAACUGCCCACUUUCAGACAGGUAAAUUUUUCUUGCCGCAGAUUGGGAUAUUCUUAAAGCUGCAGAUUAGAUGCUUCCGGGUGCCUGAUUCUCUGCAUCGUCAAAAAAACCUGGUUUUUCUUCUCGGAUUUGAGUUUUUUUGCAACUGCAAAGUGGGAAUUUUUCGUGCAACAAGAUUUGGGAUUCUUGAGACUGAGCAACUGGAUUCCUCAAGAUUAGGAAGAGGGCCUUAUUUUUGCAUUGUCCAAAAAACUUGCUUUUCUUCUUUGAUUUGAGUUUCACAACUCUGCAAAUUGGGAAUUUUUCGUGCAACAGAUUUGGGAUUCUUGCUCCAAAUUAUUAACCGGCCAGUCAGCUUUCCGAGGGGCCAAAUUGUCCCAAAAAUCUCAUUUUUUUUCUUGGAUUUGAGUUUUUCCUGCAACUCUGUCAACUAGAAGAAGGGCAGGGUGGGUAGGAUGAGCUGCGGCCCAGUUUCGAAACCCGCCAACAUGGAAGACACAGGUGUCUUCGAAGACAUCCAACCAACGGUACAAAUCUCAGAAAGUCAACAGGCUCUGGCCCAGGCCCCCUUCGAAAUGGACCAGUACCUCUCAGGACAUUUGCCCGCCACCCCCCUGGACAUCGGGCAGAAGUACCGCCGGGAAAGCGCCUCCGUGGUUGAUGAAUACUUCUCCGCAGAGAAGCCACCUUCCGCCCACCUUCGCACGGGCCUCUACCGGCCCCCCAAGCCCCUCACCCCCUUCACCCGGGUAAAAUCGGAACCCGGCACCUUCUUGGCCAGGCCCGGCCCAGCCGGGGCAUGGCAGACCCUCCCCGACUUUGGCAGCGCCUUCCACGUCUUCUCCAACCCGGGUCGGAUCUUGGGGUGCCUGUCCCUGGGCACCGGCCUGCCGCCGUCACCACCAAACUCACAGCCUGGCAGCCCGGAGGUUGCCGAGGGCAUCUCUCAAAGGCAGGACCAGGCUGCCUCGUCGGUGAAAGGACCCCUCCAGGGCCAAAUGCCAACGCUGCAUGGUGGAUUGCGGACCCUCGCCGUGCCGAUCCCCAAGUACAGCCAGAGGAACAACCCGGAGCUGGAGAAGAGAAGGGUCCAUCAUUGUGACUACUCCGGUUGCACAAAGGUUUACACCAAAAGUUCUCACCUGAAAGCACAUCAGAGGACUCACACAGGUGAGAAGCCAUAUCGGUGCACUUGGGACGGGUGUGAAUGGUGCUUCGCCCGAUCUGACGAGCUGACACGCCACUACCGGAAACACACGGGUGCCAAACCCUUUGGGUGCCUCGCCUGUGGGCGAUGUUUUUCCCGAUCGGACCACUUGGCACUGCACAUGAAAAGGCACCAGAACUAAAGAUGGAGGCCCCCAGCCAAAGAGCCGCAUUGUCCAUAUUAAGAGGAUGUCAGCAAGGCUGAACCUUUUUGUAAAAAAUGGGAUUUUAUUAUUCCAAAAAAGAAACCUUCCUCCGCUUGUCCAUAUUAAGAGGAUGCCAGCAACUCUGAACCUUUCUGUAAAAAAAGGGAUUUUAUUAUCCCCAAAAGGAAACUUUCUUUGGUGCUCAAACGCCCUGUAAGAGUGCCCCAUCUACUUGGUUUCCCCUCCGACCCAGUUUUGAUUUUGUUUUAUACAUUUUGAAUGUUUUGCUUAAAUACCAUCUGUCAUUGUGUUAAAUUUUGUGUUAAAUGCCAUCUGUUAAACAUCUUUAUCCCAUUUUCCUUUAUCGCCUCACAAGCUGCAAAUCUCCAACUCUCCAUCCAUAAUUUCCCCCAUGAUGAUAAUCGAAUCAUUUUACUACCGAUAUCCAUAGCCUAUUGGAUCAUUACCUCUUUUACAUCCCAUUGCAAUAAAAUUCCAUAUAUUUUAGAAAUCA